GCUGAGCUUCACUCUGACAUUUGAAAAACAUAAUGGCGGACUUCCUGAAAGAAGUUUGAGUAAAAGGGUGGUCGUUUUCUCUUAUUUUGAAGCAUAGCGAGUAUGCCUGGUAGCGAUAGGAAAAAUCGUAGGCGUCGAAGUAGGAGCAGAUCUCGUUCUCCUGGUCGAAAACGCAGAAGCCGUACUCAUUCGCGAUCUCCACGACGCAGGCACAAAGAUCGUUCAUCUUCGCCAGCAGAUCGUACUCGGGAAAAUGUUGUAGCGAAAAAGAAGACUGUCGACAGAGAAGAGGAGAAACGAAGUAAAAGGAAAGAAAAAGAACUUUUGAAAGCACUAGAAACACCUGAAGAGAAACGAGCAAGGAGACUUGCCAAAAAGGAAGCAAAAGAGAAAAAGAAAAAGAAAGAAAUGGGAUGGGAUGAAGAAUAUCUGGGAUAUACAAACACUGAUAAUCCAUUUGGAGAUGCUCAUUUGCUUGAAACUUUUGUAUGGCAAAAGAAGAGAGAAAAAGAUGGAGAACAGCAUUUAAAAGAAGAAGAGCAAAGAAGAAGAGAAAAGCUGAGACAACAUGAAGCUAAGAGAGAAUUGGAAAAAGUGAAAAAGCGGAGGAUUGAAAGGGAACAUGAAAAGCAGAUGCGAGAGGAGGAAAGGGAAACACUUCAAAGGGAUAAAGAAGCAAUGUCUUUUAAGGAGUGGGAAGAGCAGGAGGAUAAGUUUCACUUGGAACAGGCAAAGCUGCGCUCAAAAAUUCGCAUUCAGGAUGGAAGAGCCAAACCCAUUGAUCUACUAGCAGAAUAUGUCAGUACUGAAGAUAAUGACUUGGAAAUUCAAAUGCAUGAACCUUACACAAUUCUAGUGGGACUCACAAUAGAUGAUCUGGAGGACUUGAUGGUAGAUAUUAAGGUGUACAUGGAGUUGGAGGAGGGGAAGAAUGCAGAAUUUUGGAUGGACAUGACAGUUGUUUGUAGAGAUGAGCUUCAAAAAUUAAAGAAAGAAGAUCCAAGGUACAGUGAACAUAUGGAUCGACGAGAGAGUAUAAAUGCCUCUGUCAAUAAAGAUGUAACAAACAUUUUUGGUGGAAAAACUUACAGUCAGCUUUUAGCUUUGCAAAAGCAGAUCAACCAAAAGAUAGCAAGUGGAGAUGCAGUGGAUAUAGGUUAUUGGGAAACUUUACUGCAUCAGUUAAAGGCACAUAUAGCAAGAGCAAGGCUGAGGGAAUUUCAUCAAACAAUGCUAAGGAAAAAGUUAGAUGAACUGAAAAAACAGAAAUUGGAGAUGGCUAGCCAGUCAAAAGAUGAAAGCUCUGAGUCAGAACAAGGCUCUGAUGAUGAAGAAAGAGGUAACAAAUCAGACUCUAAUACAGAGCCAAAUGAAAACCCUGACCAUGGCAGUGAAGAAAAAGAAUCUGCAGAACAAGAGAAAGUGGCAGCAACUGGAGGGGCAGAGACAAAUGCAAGUGUUUACACAGAACUGGAUCUUACAGAGGAAGGUUAUACAGCAUAUGAUGCAGGCAAUUACAGUCCCAGAUUGUUGAAGUUUCAAGACGUUGAAGAGGGUAUGAUUGUUGAUCCAACAGAGGAUUGGGAGCAACUUGAAAUAUUAAGACAAGAAGUCUCAAGUGGCGGAACAGCAGAUGUGGACAAGAGUGCAGCGUCAGCAGGAAUGGUUGCAGCAGAAGCUAGUAAAGGCAUGGGGGCUGAUGAAGAAUCAUUUAAUGUUCCUGUUCCUGUCACGCAAAAGACAUACCUAUGGUCAGACAAGUACAGACCCAGAAAACCAAGAUUCUUUAACAGAGUUCACACAGGAUAUGAAUGGAAUAAAUACAAUCAGACUCAUUACGAUAGUGAUAAUCCACCACCCAAGAUUGUGCAAGGAUACAAGUUUAAUAUAUUUUAUCCUGAUCUUAUCAAUAAACAAGAAGCACCAGAAUACUUUUUGGAACAAAGUCCAGGAGAUUCAAAAGACUUUGCUAUUCUCAGGUUUCAUGCAGGACCCCCAUAUGAGGAUAUUGCCUUCAAGAUUGUCAACCGCGAAUGGGAGUAUUCUCAUCGUCAUGGAUUCCGCUGCCAAUUUCAAAACAAUAUUUUCCAACUCUGGUUUCAUUUUAAGAGAUAUAGAUAUCGAAGAUAGCAGGCACCUCAUUUUUGUCUUUUUCUUUUAGAUGUCGUAUUAGCACUAAUAACCUGUCACAUUUUUCUUUUAGAAUUGUGAACAUUUUCUUUCAAGCGUAAGAAAUACUACAAACUGAACAAACUUGUAACUGAAGUAAUGUCAUUGAUUAAAUACUCUCAUGUGGCCACUUCAUGCUUGUGUGCUAACGUUAGGUAGUCAUGGAUGUAAAGUUUAGUAAUUGAAUUGUUGCAUUCACAUUGUAAAAUAUAUGUAACUACCUGUA